AUGGUUCCAGAGAGGACAGAGAUUGGAUCAUUCACCUUUGCCACUGUUCUCAGUGCUUGUGCCUCUGUUGCGACGUUAGAGCGAGGCAUGGAAGUCCAUGCUUGUUCCAUAAGAGCAUGUUUAGAAUCUGAUGUCGUAGUUGGGAGUGCAAUAAUUGACAUGUACUCCAAAUGUGGAAGAAUAGAUUAUGCUUCAAGGUUUUUUGAUAUGAUGCCUGCAAGGAAUGUAUAUUCUUGGAAUUCAAUGAUAUCGGGUUAUGCACGUCAUGGACAUGGAGACAAAGCUUUAAGCCUUUUUUCACAAAUGAAGUUAAAUGGUCCCUUACCAGAUCAUGUAACUUUUGUUGGAGUCUUAUCAGCUUGUAGCCAUGCAGGGUUGGUUGAUGAAGGAUUUAAACAUUUCAAAUCCAUGAGUCAAGUAUAUGGACUGGCUUCUCGAAUGGAACACUUUUCAUGUAUGGUGGAUCUCCUUGGGCGGGCAGGGCUUGCUGGUGCAAGUGGUCGCAACACAGAGUUAGGUAGGAAGGCUGCAAAUAUGCUAUUUGAGAUGGAACCUCAAAAUGCCGUGAACUAUGAUGGUGUCCAUGUUUUCGUGGCUGGUGACAAAUCACACCCUGAGAAAGACUUGAUCUAUGAAAAACUCAUGGAACUUAACCAGAAGAUGAGGGAUGCUGGAUAUGUGCCCCAGACAAAAUUUGCACUGUUUGAUCUAGACCCAGAGAGUAAGGAAGAAGUCCUGAGCUAUCACAGUGAGAAAAUUGCAGUUGCAUUUGUUCUAACUCGGAGUUCAGGAUUACCUAUUCGGAUAAUGAAAAAUCUUCGCGUGGUUUUUGCUGCACUCAUGUCAAAAACUGAGAAAUUGGAAGGGCUUUCUACGGGAAUUUUGCGUAAUUUUUCUGGUUUGCUUUGUUAA